UUAAAAAGCAUUGCAUUGCUGGGAGGAAAGACUUUUAGACGAAAACGGAAGUAAGACAGUGAAACAUCUCAUCUCGACGAAAUCUUCCCAAAAAGUGUCAUGGCUGCCUCCUGUUCAUUCGUGUGCUGCGAAGAGGAGACGGAAAACGACAAAGCUGUUCUCGUCCGCUUCUCGAAUGGCUGCUUCAAGGACCCAGACAAACUGGACUUCAGCAUGUUUAAGAGCGUGGAUGAAAACAACCCGAGGAAGAAGCACAGACGGAUAUUGGUCGCUGAAUCAGACAGGCUGUGCUAUGUUGGACAGAACUUUGGAGCAGGAUCAUUGAAGUGCAACAACCUCUGCAAAUAUUACAUUGGAGUUCUGAACAAACGGACAAUGCAGAUGGGGCUGCACAGUGCUCAGGUGUUCAACAUGCAGCCUGAUAUUCCAGGUGAGAGAACCGAGACAGCAAAACCUCAGGACACAACUCUGGCUUACAGAGAUAAGGUUGACUCAUUAAUUGAGGCAUUCGGCACCACCAAACAAAAGAAAGCUCUGACCUCCCGCAGGCUGAAUCAGGUGGGCAAGGACACCCUGCAUCAAGCUGUGGCUAAAGCUGCCAGCUCUGUGAUCGACAAGAAGGGCCUGGAAGCUCUCCAACAGGAAGUGACAGAGACGGAAUCCCAGGGAGCUCUGCCUUCCCACCUGCCUCCCUGCAACCCGAACGCAGAAAAACGAGAGGACGUCUACCCGUUCGAUGAGCUCCUGGAUCCGAAUGAGCUUGCUGCUUUGGAGGUGGCCGGUUCCAAGAUGGCAGCGCUCACUGCCGAGGAGCUGAGUAAGAUGAGCGAUGCAGGGUCCCUUUGUGUUGCUGAACAUCUGAAGAACUUGCCACCUGAGGGCGAAGCCAGAGAGAAAAUGGCUCGUUGCGCCUUCUACCUCUCUAUGCUCCUCAAACUGGCUCGUCAAAGGAACAUCACCCGAAAAUUUGGACAGGAGGAGGGCUGUCCUCGCAUCAUCCAGAACAAGCUGUUCAGAACUUUCACGGUUGAAACCUUCAUUAAGGGCAGUGUCCAAUAUAAAGUGUCAACGUCAAUGAAAAACAAACUGGCAGCUUACAGCCUGGCACUGCUGCUACAUAUGGGUCACAUGACUGCUGACCUGACGUUACUGCAUCGUGACCUGGCAAUCACCGAUGCCAAGAUGACCGAGGUUGCAAAGUCAAUGGGACUGUCUUUAUUUAAACCGGCCCGGGACAAGAAUAAGGAGACCACACUGAGCCAGGACCACCGGAAGGCCUCUCUGGAUCUACCUCUGGUCAAAUACGAUCAGUUCCUCGAGAGACGGAAGCGCAAGAAAAUGCAUUAAAAAAAGAAAAAACAGGGAAAAGACUUAAGCGGAAACACCACAAAUGUGAAGUGUUUAUUAGUGUAUUUUGUAUACAAAUAAAAUGGUUCACUUUGAA